CCGCAUAAGUGGGGUAAAAUAGGAAAAGAUGGGAGACGCGAUGAAUACAAAUCGAUCAUGUGAACUAAAACAGCCGUGUCCGAGCCGUCCAUGAAGGCAUCACUCGACUGACAAUCCAACAGCUAAUCCAGAGAGCGAGGAUGUWCAGGCGAACCAGUGUGUGUCCGUUCAACGACCACAAACUCCUUCUCUCAGCAGARCCUGUCGAAAUUCGGCCAACACUUUGACCCGUCACCGUUUAAAGUCGACUUUUCSCGGUGUCAGCAGUUCAGCAGUCGGUCCUGUCUCCCACGUUGAACCGGACUCUGCAGACGUUACGUCGGGACAAUGGAAUCCAACAUUCUCCCGGACAGUAUCCGCCCUCAGAGGCUGCAGCCGGGGAUAGGAUUCGGUUCUGGACUGACCGGGACCCUCCGCUCCUCCUCCCUCCGGCCCGGGGUGACGGUCCCCGUGGCGCCGCUGCUGUCGUCGUCGUCGGCGGCCUCUCUGUCCCCUGCGUCCGGGCCUCCUCCUCCGCCGCCGCCGCUGCAGCUCCACAGCCUGUACGGCGGAGCGGGAGUCGGGCUGGGGCCGGCCGGGGCGCGCUGYAACCCGGGGAACCCGGCGGUGCUGAAGGAGGCGGUGGAGGCGGUGGUCCGCAGCUUCGCCAAGCACACACAGGGCUACGGCCGAGUGAACGUGGUGGAAGCUCUACAGGAGUUCUGGCAGAUGAAGCUGACCAGAGGGGCCGACCUGCGGAAUGGAGCGCUGGUUGUUUACGAAAUGGUCCCGUCUAACAGUCCUCCCUACGUCUGCUACGUKAGCCUUCCAGGUGGCAGCUGUUUCGGAAGCUUCCAGUUUUGUCCGACGAAGGCUGAAGCUCGGCGCAGCGCGGCCAAGAUCGCGCUGAUGAACUCGGUUUUUAACGAGCAUCCUUCACGUCGAAUUACAGACGACUUCAUUGAGAAGAGUGUGAGCGAGGCCCUGGCCUCUUUCAAUGGAAACCGAGAAGAAGCUGAUAAUCCAAACACAGGCAUCGGGGCAUUUCGCUUCAUGCUGGAGUCCAACAAAGGAAAGUCUAUGCUGGAGUUCCAGGAGCUGAUGACYGUGUUCCAGCUGCUGCACUGGAAUGGAAGCCUCAAAGCCAUGAGAGAGCGGCAGUGUUCCCGACAGGAGGUGCUGGCCCAUUACUCCCACCGGGCCCUGGAUGACGACAUGCGCACUCAGAUGGCGGCCGAUUGGGUGAACCGAGAGCAGAGCGUGGCGGGCACCAUCGCUCAGGAGCUGGCCUCGACGGAGCGCGAACUGGAGGACGCCCGGCUGGCCGGCAGAGAGCUGCGCUUUUACAAAGAAAAAAAGGACAUCCUGAUGUUGGCUGUGGGUCAGCUGAGCGCAGCCAAUGCCGCCACUCUGCCAUCGCACUAAAGCACGCCGUCAUCACUUCGUAGGUAACGGCGUGGAUCUGUUAAAAACUAUACCAGGCUAUAAACGCUUCUGUUCAGAAAACAAACACUUGCCACUAUGGCUGUUACCUCUUUGUGCCUAAUCAGCUGGUAUUUCUUUUUAAACGCCUGUAAAAUAGUGCUGCCUGCCUAGGGUUUAUAUAUAUAUAUACGUAUAAAUAUAUAUUAUAUAUUUUAACCUCUAUUUCAACCUACGACACUUAUAAAUAAUAACUGUUAAUCAGUGAAUGUACAGGUCACAAGUUACUCAUAAGCCCAUUUUGAGUUUAAAUCAAACCAGACUGCUGUGUUUCUUUUAAAGGAUUUGGUUGCAUUUUAAGACGCUAAWUCACCGCUUUUAAAAUAAAAUAUAAAACAUUUUUAAAUAUAACCAGGAACACACAUCACCUCAAACGAAAUAACCUAAAAAGGGUGUGAAAAUACAGAGAGCUUUAGGAAAUCAUUUUAAGGGUACUUUUCAAUGAAAUGUCAGCAGCUCAGGUGUUCUAAAGUUAAAUACAUCAAAAMAUAUGUUGUUUUUGUUUAUUCUUGUUUGUGAAGGUAUUUUUUAGGAUUUGCUGUGUGAUUUGUGAUUUAUGACAAUAGCCGAAUGUAUUAUUAUUAUUAUUUUUUAUUUUGUGAGGUAAAUGACCUACAAAGCAACUUACAUUAAAGCUCUUGUGAUAUUGA